AACCCUGGAACUCAACCAUCGGUACCAAACAUCGCAGGCAGACCCAAACACACAGCACGCACCGUGAAUUUAAAAUGCCAACCCUCUACCGACACCUCACCACACAAACAAAUCCCCCUUGACUAUGAUACGAUCGUACAUCUUCUCCAUCCACUGCCCCCCUACCCACCAUAAUGAGUAACACGCAACCCACCUCAACCCAGGAGCGCGACUGCGCCAUCGCUCUCAUUCUCAUCGUGCUCUUCACCGCUUCUGUAGCGGGAUACUUCAUCCGGAGGCGUAUCCUCGCGCGUCAAGACGUAGACUGCGACCGCGAGGCCGCGAGAGCAAACGUGAGCGGCCAUGGACGUGGAGGCGUGGUAGCAAGAAGUGACUGCAGGUACACACGAUCGCGAUGGGGCAGUAGCACGGCAGACGAGCGUGCAGCGUACAGACAGCGGGUUGAAUGCAGGCAGCGUGCGGAUUCUGCUGCUACACUCGCGAAGCCAGGUGGCUCGGGACGACGAGGGAGUGCGAAGGAUGGCAAGGAGAAAGACAAAGACAGGGAGAGGAAGAGGGAGAGGGGUUCGAGGUCUGGUACCGGUGCUGCUACACCAUCUCACAUUCCGUCCUGGCCUGCGCGCCACGCCUCAUUCUCUACCAUCGUACCUUAUGAUACAUCACGCUUGUCGUCACCUCGUUCACACUCGUCAUCCGAGGACGGACCCCAUCCUCUGGCUUCGCAGGAAGAAAAUGAGGGGAUCAGGCACAGUGGGUUCAGAGAUGUGAUUUGGAGCAGCAAGAAGGAGCAUGGCGGGGGUAGACAAAAGGAAGGCGCGAAUGAGAGUUUGGAUCCUCUAGAGUUGGAUCCUUUAGAUUUGGACCAAGAGGGUGUAGAGAGCAUGGGCUAG